CUCCCAUUCUCAUUCAUCCAAUACAACCCCAACUUCUCUCUCUUAAGCCUUUAACUCCAAUCAAACAAAUUCCAUUAAAACUUUAAAAAUGGCCUCAUUCUCAUCCUCCACUUCAACCACUCAAAAACUCUCUAUUUUCCUCACCAUUUUCUCUCUCCUCCACCUCAUCUCCGCCGCAAGAAACACCCCAUUAGAAGACCCCGCCACCACUUCUCUCCUUCAAUACCACCAGGGCCCACUUCUCUCCGGUAAAAUCACCGUCAAUCUCAUUUGGUACGGUAAAUUCACACCCUCUCAAAAAGCCGUCAUCUCCGAUUUCGUCACCUCCCUGUCACCCAAUACUCCCACCACCAAAUCUCACAUCCACCACCCAUCAGUCUCCACGUGGUGGAACUCCAUUGGCCGAUACUACCACAUCGCAAACAAAAAAGCCUCCACACUUUCUCUCUCCUUAGGCAAACAAAUCUCCGACGAGUCUUACUCCUUAGGGAAGUCCCUCACCAGCAAACACCUAGUAGAACUCGCCUCCAAAGGCGCAAAAUCCAACGCAGUCAACGUUGUGUUGACCGCAUCCGACGUGGCAGUCGAUGGGUUCUGCUCAAGCAGGUGUGGGACCCACGGGUCUAACUCACGUAUGGGUCGUGACAAGUUCGCUUACAUUUGGGUGGGUAACUCCGAAACUCAAUGUCCGGGUCAAUGUGCGUGGCCCUUUCACCAGCCCAUUUACGGCCCACAAAACUCACCUUUAGUUGCUCCCAAUAACGAUGUGGGCCUUGAUGGGAUGAUUAUCAACUUGGCCUCUUUGAUGGCUGCUACUGUGACUAACCCGUUUGGAAAUGGGUUUUAUCAAGGCCCAAAAGAGGCCCCACUUGAAGUGGCUUCAGCUUGUACUGGGGUUUAUGCGAAAGGGGCUUAUCCAGGGUAUGCUGGUAAUUUACUAGUGGAUGCGACAAGUGGAGCUAGUUAUAAUGCAAAUGGGGUGAAUGGAAGGAAAUAUUUGUUACCUGCUUUGUAUGAUCCUUCAAGUUCAACUUGCUCUACUUUGGUGUAGAGAUUAAAAUAGUAGUAGAAUGAGAUAUUUUUAAUUAAGGUAGAAAAAGAAAACGAUAUAUUGUAGUAGAGAGGUAGAAGAAUUCAUUCAUUCAUUUUGUUUAUUUUAUUGCAAUUUUACCAAUAUUAUUUAAUGAGCAAAUUGCUUAAUUUGCUAUUAUAUCGAAACAAAUUGCCUUCCCAUGUU